AUGGACGAGCGAUCUCCCAGACGCCCGCGGGCGAGAUCAGAAGCCACCCGCCGGCUCGCCGAAACCACCGAAGCACCCGCCUCCCCAACACAAAGCAUCCCAACCACCGCGCCAGGACGAUGGGACGGCAUCUCGCCCACGACCGCCGCCUCGGCCGUCGACGAUGCCGGCCCGGCACGCACCAGCACCGGCAUCCGACGCCGCAGCACAGCCGCCUCGCGCCGCAGCGGCGUCCCCAGCCUAACGUCGCGCACGACGCUCGCCCAACGCACGCAGGGCAACUUCACGCUCGCGGGGCCCGAGGAGACGCCGCAGAUGCGGCUGGCGCACGAACCCUUCGUGCACCCGGGCUACGCGGAGCUCAACCCGUCGUACGAGCAGCCGGCCAAUGCCAAGCCGGUGUGGAGUUUGGCGAAGCCGCUGCCGCGCGUGGUGCGGCCGGGCAUGGUCCCGACGAAGGAGGAGCUGCUGCAGGCGCGCGCGAACGCACAGCUCCCCGCGGAGAACUCGCAGAAGUUGGGCCUCGAUGUGGAUCCGAAUGAUCUGGAGCUGGGCCAGAUUGAGCCGAGGGCGGAUCCGAGGAAGAUUGCGGCGCAGGUGGAGGAUGCGCGCGUGCAGCGGGAGAAUAACUUUCUGAACCGGAUCCUGACGGGCGAGGGGGCGCCGACACGGAGACUGUCGAGGGCGUCGUCGGUGAGGCCGAGGCGGUCGUCGGUGCUUGAGGCGCCGGAGCCGGGCGAGGUCCCCGUCGAGACACCCGUUACGCCAGGGAAGCAGUCGGUCCCGGAGGUGAGCGAUGAGCCUCUGCAGCCGGUGCUGGAGCAUCCGGACGAGCACAAGAUCGAGACCCAGCAGCAAGACAGCCAACACCCCGCAGAGGAGGAAGAAGAAGAAGAAGAAGAAGAAGAAGACCACGGAAUCACCGAGUUCCCUCCGCUCGACUCGGCCGCUUACCCGGAGGACCUGCACCCGCUGGUCCAGGAGUUGGUCGAGGACGAGAUCCACAACAACCACACCACCUGGUCCGUGAUCCGCACGCACCACCGCGAAGCGCUGGCCGAGGCGCUCGCCGUCUUCGUGCAGCUCACCGUCGGCAUCUCCGUCGACCUCUCCGUCACACUCGCCGACGCGGGCAACCCCAACACCACCGGCUGGUGCUGGGGCUUCGCCGCCAUGAUGGGCAUCUACAUCUCCGGUGGCGUGUCCGGCGCGCAUAUGAACCCCACGAUCACGCUCAUGCUCUGGUUCUACCGCGGCUUCCCCAAGCGCAAGAUCCCCAGCUACUUCGCCGCGCAGUUCCUCGGCGCCUUCGUCGCCGCGCUCGCCGUCUACGGCCUCUACCACCGCUCCAUCGCCGUCUACCUCGCCUCCCACGCCGACAUCAACGUGAUCAACAGCUUCGUCACUUCCCAGCGCAUGUCCUGGAUCGACCCCGCCACCGCCUUCUUCAACGAGUUCCUCGGCACCCUCUGCCUCACCGUGACCGUGCUCGCGCUCGGCGACGACCAGAACGCGCCCCCGGGCGCCGGCAUGAACUCGCUCAUCAUCGGGUUCGUCGUCGCGUGUCUGAGCAUGACCUUCUCGUACCAGACGGGCGCGGCGUUCAACCCGAGCCGCGACUUUGGGCCGCGUCUGGCGCUGUUGGCGGUCGGGUACGGGUCGGAGCUGUUUACCAAUCCGUACUGGUUCUACGGGCCGUGGGCGGGCUCGCUGACGGGGGCGUUUGUCGGGGCGUUCCUGUACGACGCGAUGAUCUUCACGGGCGGCGAGUCGCCGGUGAACUAUCCGUGGGAGCGCACGCAGCGGGCGAUGCGCAAGAGCCGGAAGAAGUGGAAGCGAAGGCUGCGGUUUGCGAAGCGGAAGAAGAUGGCGCAGUAG